AUGAGUUCGGAAAAUAACCCAUACGAAGCUAAAGAAAGUAAAUUGAGUGGAAAGCACAGAUUAAAAAGGUUUUAUUUAUUUGAAAGGUGCUCUGGAGGAAUACUGAACCUUAAAUUUGAUUCAGAUGUAUUGGAGUCGUUUUACUACAAAUGUUCUUACCCAAGCUCUCGAGGAAGAUUCCGUUUUGGUACGGCAUUCACAACAUUCUUGUCAGUCGUAUGGUUGAUAUACUUUUCAGUCUUGCAACCUCCAAGUUGUUUAGUGUACAUAAUUGGCUUCAGUCUCGGUGCUGUGAUUUCUAUUACAUAUUUCGUGGUCAGUUUUAUCGACAGGCUUUUCAGGGCCAAAGCUGUAUGGAUCAGUAGCAGUCAUGCUGGAGUUUCAUGCCUACUUGUUCUGCUGACAUUUACUCCAUUAGAACCUGGUGCUACGUUGGCUUUUAAUUUGAGCUUAGUUCUGCAGCUUGUACUGGUCACUUAUACCAUGUCUCCUUUGCGCUUAUGGCAGUUGUUAGUAAUCUGUGGACCUGUCAGCAUUUUACACGUCAUAUUAGCCAGUGUGAUCUAUGGUCAUGUCCCGAGUUGGUUCGUGAUAAUAUUUUUCGUUGGCCAUUUGUGUGUUCACCUAAUUGGAAUAAAUUUACACCUAAUGUCACAAGUUUGGCGUCGUUCAACAUUUCUACGUAUGGGUUAUAACGCUUUAAUGAGAAAAGCAUUGAAAAAAGAACAAGAAAUCCGUGAUGAUAUGAUCCGUUCCUUAAUGCCUAAUCAAGUUGCUCAGGAGGUGAUGCGUGAAGUUGGCAACGAAAGUGGAGUUGAUUCUAGCAAUGACAGUGAUAAUAAUAUGAAUUCAAAUAACACCGGUAGAAAGAAUAAACGAAACAAGAAAACUUCGUCGAAACAAAGUCAGAAUAGAAAAUUGAAGAAUAAAAAGCUACAAAAUGAUGCAGACAAUAUGGAUCUAGAUGGAAAAGGCUUUAAAAUUAAUGGAUUAAGUUAUAUUGGAGAUGGAGAUGAUAGUGAUGAAGAAUAUGAGACACAGAUAUCCAAGAAAGCUAGUGUUGGGAGUAACUGUGAACAACCUGCACAAGAUGACUUAGAAAUUGGUACUUGUGGUGUAGGUGCUGGUACUGGGACUAAUCCCAGAUCCAGUCUGGUACCAAAAUCAACUGUACUUCCAACACGCGCUGUAGCAUUUCGAAAAUUUCAUGUGAAUCAAUUGGAAAAUGUUAGUGUAUUAUUCGCUGAUAUUGUCGGUUUUACCAAGAUGAGUUCAAAUAAAUCUGCAUCUCUUCUUGUUUACUUAUUGAAUGAUCUUUUUGGAAGAUUUGAUCGUUUGUGCGAAAUUGUUGGAUGCGAAAAAAUUGCCACCUUAGGUGAUUGUUAUUACUGUGUUUCAGGUUGUCCAAAUCCAGUGGAUGAUCAUGCUGAGCGUACAGUUGAAAUGGGUAGAGCAAUGUGUUUAGCUAUACAACAAUUUGAUGAAGAUCAUUCAGAAGAAGUUAAUAUGCGUGUUGGUGUGCACACAGGUAAAGUAAUCUGUGGUAUUGUUGGGACAAGACGGUUUAAAUUUGAUGUUUGGUCAAAUGAUGUAACAUUGGCCAAUGAAAUGGAGUCCAGUGGUGAAGCGGGAAAAGUGCAUAUAUCUGAGGCUACUUUAAGUUUUGUAAAGGACAUUUAUGAAGUUUCUGAGGGAAAACCUGUCCAAGAUAUACGAAAAUUUAAAGUCUUAAUUGAAUUCUUUAACAAAGAAGAACAAUGUUUCGCCAUUAAGCAUACUCAAGAUCAAGCAAUGAUCAAAACUUACUUCAUUGAAAGACGCUUGGACAAUAGACCGGUUAUUAGUCUACCACCUACUCUGAUUGAAGUCGAAUCAAAUGUUCCACAAUAUGGUUGUGUUUACGAUACUGGUACAGUUACAUUUACCGACCUCCCAACAUCGGAGAUAGUGAAUACUGUAUCAUAUGCAAUUGACUCGCAUAGCACAACUGAUCAAAAUCAUGAUAUUGUUACGAUUCCAAGUAAUGGAGAUAAUAAAAAGUUAUUGGAUAAUAAUCAACUAUCUCAGUCUGUUUCAGCUGUGUUAAUUGAACAUCCUCUAUCUGGAGAUAAUAUAGGUAUAGCUGGGACUAAUACUACUUCUGUUGCUACUACUUCCACUAUAACUACUACAGCCGGUACUGCAUCAAUGAUUGGUCGUGGUUCUGAUGUUGAAAUGUUACAAGCUUUACAAGAUUUUGUUCAACCUGAUGAAGUAUUCAUCUUUCCACCAAUAUCUAAAUUAAGUUUAAAUUUUUUUAUACCAAUUGUUGAAAAAAGUUAUCGAAAUCUUGGUUUACGACCACCUAGAAUAUAUUCAGUUAAAAAAUUAUCGUGGUCUACUCCACGUGUUGCACCAUUUAUUAAUACAAUUACUGAGACAAUAUUAAUUAUAAUUAUAUCAUUGACAUGUUUAAUUAUAUUUCCAGAUUCAAGAUUAGCAGUGAAUACACCAAUUUUUUAUAUUAUCUUGUUUAUUGCAUUUAUUAUUCAUAGUGUAUUAUUAUUAUUAUUAAUUUUAGAUUUAGCUGCAUGGGCAUGGUAUCCAAGAAAGUAUAAUCAUCAUAAUAGUAGAGUAGUUUCAUUAAAAAAAUAUCGAAAUGAUUGGAGAUAUAUUGUAAUUCGAUUAUAUGGGAAAUUAUUUCAUUGGCAAUCACGUAAUAUAAUUGGUAUAUUUAUUCUUAUUUUGCCUACAUCAAUUAUUCUUUCUUCAUAUUCUUAUUGUUUAUUUAAUAAUAAUAAUAAUAAUAAUUUAGAGAAUAAUUAUACAAAAUUAUUAUCUGGUAUAUAUCGUACACAAAUUGGUUUAUUAUUUACAUUUAUGUUUAUCAAUUGUACUCUAUACACAUCAUUCUCAUCAUGGACUAAGACUAUAUCAGCAACAUUUGUCUGUUUAUUAAGUUUAAUAUUGAUAUGUUUGCAUAGAAUAGUAAAAUCUACAUGUACUUUAAAGCAUAUUCAAGUAUGGUUACCUAGUAUAGAGUAUAAUUUUAACAUAUAUUCAUCAAGUCAUUUAGAUGAUCAAUUAAUAAGAAUGAAUACAACAUCAUUAGUAUUAUUCAAUUCUAAUUGGAUAAAUCCAUCAUUAUCAGAUAAUAUAAUAUAUGAGUAUAUAGUGAUUGGAUUAUUAACAUUAAUUUUAAUUGGUGCAUUGAAUCGUGAAUUUGAUAUAAAUUUUCGAUUAAGUUUUCAUCGUGAUUAUGAAGCAUUACAAGCAAAAAAAGCUAUUGGUCAUCAAAAAUUACAAGCUGAUUGGUUAUUAGAAAAUAUUAUACCAUAUUAUAUAAUGAAUGAUUUACGUCAACAUAAUAAAUAUUCACAACAUAUUGAAAAUGCUGGUGUUAUAUUUGCAUGUAUUACAAAUUUCUCUGAAUUUUAUGAUGAACAAUAUCAAGGUGGACAAGAAAUGUUACGUGUUUUAAAUGAAAUAUUUGCUGAUUUUGAACAUCAACUUGCAUUAGUUAAAUAUAAAGAUGUUGAAAAAAUUAAAACAAUUGGUGCAUGUUUUAUGGCUGCAUCUGGAUUGAAUAUAAUACAACGUAAAUAUAAUAAACAAUCAGAUGAACAUUUAUGGGCAUUACUUGAUUUUGCUAUCGAUUUAAUUCAUACAUUAGAUGAUUUUAAUCGUCAAAUGUUCAAUUUUCAAUUUGAAUUAAAAGUUGGCUAUAAUAUUGGUGAAGUAACAGCUGGUGUAAUUGGUACAACAAAAUUAUUAUAUGAUAUAUGGGGUGAUACUGUAAAUGUUGCUAGUCGAAUGUAUUCUACUGGUUUAAAAGGUAGAAUACAAGUAACAGAAACUGUUGCUAAACGCUUAGAAUCACGUUAUUUAUUUGAAUAUCGUGGUGAAGUAUUUGUUAAAGGGAAAGGUGAUAUGAAAACUUAUUUAUUAGUAAAUCGUCGUAAUGAAAAAUAA